AUCCUUUCAAAAUUUUCUACAGUCAGAGAUCUGCUGUCUCAUCGGAUGGGUAUUCCAGGCAAUAACUACAUACGACUGGACACCAACCUGACCCGGGCAAACUUAAUCCAACGAUUAAAACAUUUGGAUAGGACAGGGAGAUUUAGAGACAGCUUCUACUACAGCAACUUGAUGUACGGUUUACUAACCAGAAUAGCGGAGAUUAUUGGCGGGAAAAGCUGGGAGGAACUGAUCAAGGAACAUAUUUUUGAUCCUCUAGAAAUGACAUCGUCCAAUUUUGCCACAACUGCCGACCCCUCAAAACUUGAGCUAGCGAGAGGUUACCUGGAUAACUAUGGGGAACUCGCAGAAGUUCCCUGGGAAUUUUCUAGACGUUGGGGUGAUUUAUGUGGCUCGGGUUGUGUUUUGAGUACGUCAGACGACAUGGCAAAAUGGAUGUUGUUCCAUCUAGGCAGCGGUGAAACUAGAAAUGGGAAACGAUUGCUUUCGAAAAGUAAACUAACUAUGAUGCAUUCUCCGCAACUAAGGGUUGCCAGUAGCUCGAUAUCUAAAUACUACACGCGUCCAUUAAUUCCGGUUACUCUCACUGAGGACUCCUAUGCCAUGGGAUGGAAAACCGGUUACUACAGAGGAUACAAAAUUCUUUCACACACCGGAAGUACAUUUGGAUACAGAGCCAAAUUAACAUUGUAUCCCGACAUGCAAUUGGGCGUGUUCUCUGCCAUGACAGGAGAUGACCCGGGCUACUUAUAUCGCUCCAAUAUUCACAAUUUAAUUUCAGACAUGUAUCUUGGCGAGGACCCAUGGCUAAACGCCACUUUAAUGUGUUCAUUUCCGGAACCUUUCAAAAGUAAAACGUCUUCAUCUAAACCGCAAAUAGACACUAAAAGAACACCCCUUAGAAAUGUGAGGGAAUAUGUAGGUCUAUACAAAAACACUCCCUAUGGGUUUGCCUCUGUGAGUGUGAACCAAACUCAACUGACCCUCCACUAUGGUUUUGGGCAUUUUGACCUUUACGCAAAGAGAACCAAAGACCAAUUUUAUGUUAAGUCAGUAGGAUUGAUUUCUGGACUAGUAAAUUAUAAAUCACUGAAAUUUAUUGAGGGAGAAGAUGGAAAUAUUUCUGCUAUUGAAAUAUAUGCUUUUGAUUCAAAAGUUCCGCCAGUGUUCGUUAAAGCUUUUGCAUCCGAUGAACAACCUACCAACACUGCCGUUCCAAAACUGUGUUUCAUUUCAUUCGAAAUUCACAUUGUUUGGAGUUUUGCAGUCGUGUUCCUGUUGAUUCUUUGAUGAUAUAUGUGAUUCUUUGGGACCAUUUUCAGCUUAGUUUGGACUUUUAAUAAGGCGUGGCAUUCUCAGCGCUACAUGUUUAACGCCUGUCAAUUUCAACAAAGUUAUUUAUGUAACGUCGAGAAUGCCACGCCUUACUGAAAGUCCAAACUAAGUUUGAAAUGGUCCUAAAUAAGGAGUGAUGAAUAUGUCGAUUUACAUAAUAGAAUAAACAGAGUUUCAUGAUAAUUAUUUCAUUAUCGACAGGGAAAUAUGUGAUUUAAGAAAUAUGAUUACUUGACAGUUUAUUUUGUACUAUACUUUAAAGUAAGUUGCGUACAUAUUUCCGUUCCACUCUUUCUCCAUAUUUUCCAAAAUAAAUUAGGACUGAGACGAUGAUGAGAUUUAGAAAAACAAUAUGUGGUUGGAAAAACAAUAUGUGUUUGUGUAAUGAAUUUCAUUGGACAAAAUGCUGAUAUUAGUUUUUUGCACAAAUUAUUUGGAAUUUCAUUUUUUUUUAUCCAUAUGGAAAUAUUCAUUUAAUUAUUAAUUCCUUGAUGAAUUAUGCUAUAUAUAUAUCAUCUACUCAUUAGCGUUCUUCAAUUGCGAAUGAAGAUCAAUAAAAAGUCAAAGAAGCUAUAUACAUGUAUCCAUUUACCGAGGGAUUUAAAAUCAAUAUAUGAAUAUUUUUAAUUGUUUUUUGUUUUUUGUUGCGAAUAUGAGUGAAACAUUUUCCAAAAGACAAGAGCAAGCAAACAAUAAACCAUCAAUUGUCGA